UGGCGCGCAUUUCUGUGUUGCCAGAUUCACCCAAGCAGUCGGUGUCUGCUGUCGUUUGUUGUUUACAUCGAUCAAUACUGUUGAGCAAACGUGAAAAAGAACUUUAUAUCGUACAAAUAUUCGCUAUAAAUGUUUGUGUGUGAAUCAAAGAUGUAAAUAUGUGUGUUCUAUAUCUGAUGAACUGGCAUUUCGGAUUAUAAAAAUAUGGGAAUAGGAUAUGGAGAAGGAAAAUGGGAGAUAUGAAACCAUGGAGGCUAAGCUACAUCAUGUUACUCUUCGACAAAAGUCCAAGGUGCCUCGCACUCGGCUGCCACAGCGAUUUGAGUAUGUAGAGGUUUCUGGAAAAGAAUAUAGAAAUGGUGCUCCGAAGAAAGAUUAUGAAGACCAUGGAAUUAACGCAACAUCUCUACACCAUUUAGCAGACACAGAUGAGAACAAAGAAUGGCUAAACCUUAUUGGGCAGCGUGUGUGCAUUAGUGGUGUGAAACCUGGUAUUCUUCGCUAUUACGGCAAGACAAAUUUUGCAGAAGGCUGUUGGUGUGGUGUUGAAUUAGAUGAGCCGGUAGGGAAGAAUAAUGGAACAGUGAAUGGUGUUAUUUAUUUUACAUGCAAGCCAAAUCAUGGAAUCUUUGCUCCUGUUAGUAAAGUAUCGAAGCUAAAUGAUUUGAGUGCGUGUAGUUGGCCAAGUGAUACGAUUCUUCCCAAAGUACAAGAGUCGCACUAUAGGCAUUCAAGUUGGGAUUACAAUGUCGGUUUUGUGCCAACUUCACAAGGAGUUAAAUUCAUUAAAACUAGCACUAGUGAUCCCACUUCCUUAAAACCAAAGAUGCGUCCUAGCAUGCCUAAUAACAGCCAAAGUUUCUCAUAUGAUUCCAGAAAUAUAACAGAAAAAAGGCGUUCCGAGUCUCUUAUUAUUAAAGCAAUCCGAAAUUUUGAAACAACGUCGGAGCAUUCAUCUAGACGAGGAAAAUCAUUUAGUGGCAGUUUCAUGAAUAACUCGUCAUCUUCUCAUAGCUUAAAUAACUAUGAGACAGGUAAAAAUGCACACUAUUUUAGUUCGAAUGUUAUGCGUUUAAAUGAUCACCGAGGAUCAUUAGAGCCUCUACCGGAUUCUUGCUUAAAUACGAGUUCAUCGAGCAAAAAUACUGCCAAAGUUAACAAAACUAUUUCUAGUCUACCUAUGGCUAUGGAAGAAUUUGAGCAAUACCUUCAGACUCCUACAAAUUCUGGUCAAGCUUCACCCUUAACAGCGGAAAUGAGACGAUUGAAAGAAAGAUCGUAUUUCGAAGGUGCUAAAUUGCCUGAUGCUUAUUUUUCUUCUUAUGAUUAUCCUGAUUUGGAAGAUGAAGUAGAUAAUGAUGAUCAGAUGUCUAUUGACUAUGACGAGAGUCUGGGGAUUCUGACGCCAAGUCAGAUGAAAGAUUUUACUUUGUGCCCCGAUUUCCCUACUUCUAGUGAUGUCAAAGGAUUUGAUUUUCCUAGUUCUGAAUCUUUUGAUGAUAUCAAUGAAUUACCUGAAGACGAGCAAGUUCACGAUGUUUCUGUACAAUAUGUACCCGAAUGCCGUAAUGUUGAAAUCACUAAACAAACGAAUGUUAGCAAGUAUAGCAAUAGUUACUCGAUAUCCAGUGAUAGCAGAACAGACAAGAUUCUCAACUCCACUGAUAAGUUUCUAAGCAGUAUUUCGCAAAAGAAGUUAAAUGUAGUGACUCAUCCAAUAAAAUCCAAAGUCAAAGCAGAUCUUCCUGAUUAUGAGCGGCCACAUAAAAUAAAUAAUAUUCUCGCAGCAACAAAUUUUUACUCUAACCCUGUUCCCAAUUUAGGGAAUGAGGUAAAUGAUAAAGAUUUUCUUUUGAACUCGCUGCCGAAAACAGGUGCUAUAGAUGUUUCUAAGAAUAUGGAUAUAGUUCAAAAUUCUUUUCAUACCACAAAUACAAACGUUUAUCAGUAUUCAGUGACUUCCGAACAAAGUAACAGUGAGCAAAUUCAGUCCCUUUCCAGUUUAGUUCAUGAAAGUAAAAUCACCAAUAAAAUACAAAAUUUUGCCAGCGAAGAACUUAAUUCAAAGAACUAUGAUACUGACAGCAGUCGAGACUCCUUGAUGCAAGGAGAACCUGAAAAUAUUAUUCCGAAAGAAAAAUUAACCGUCUCAUGGGAAGAUUGUAUACCACACAGCAAUAACACGUUCAACUCCUUAGAGAGACCGGAAUCCGUUUACACUGUAGCCAGCUCAGAUACAGGCUACCAAGAAGAUGGUGAGAUAGAAGGAGGAAUGGCUACUUCUAUGGACUCAACAGAUAGCACAAAAAGAUUCUCAACAGCUAGUAGGGACAGUUGCAUCGUCGCUGAUGAAGUGGAUGCUUAUAAGAUAGCAGAAAGCAACAGCACUUCUGGUUAUUCUACUGGAUUAAGCGAUUCUUGUUGCAAUGACAGACCUGAGGAUGAUUUGUCGAGUAAACCCCUUACUGAAGAAGAACUACAAGAUUCUGUUGGCCCCUGCGAUUCUGAAGAUGGGUUUUCAUUCCAAGAAAACAACAGUUUGAGUAAAGAUUCUGAAAUGAUGAAUGCAGAGAUGUCAGAUGUUACUGUUGAAACAGUGACUGCUAUUUGUCAUGACAGCACAAGCGAAGCACUAUGCGAAACUAUGGUUGAAGAUACUACUCUAACAGAAAUUAAUGAUUCGUUAAUGUCUCCCGAGGAGGCAAAAUCUUCAAACUUAUCCGAUCAAACUGAAAACUGUGAUACGCCAAUGGAACAAUCUAAAAAUUUAGAUGCAGAUUGCAGGAAGGCAAGUGAUCAUUCGAGUGUAUCCACAGCAUCUCCCGCACACUCCACUCCAGAGAAAAAAUUGAACAAAAAUAGACCCAAAGUUGAUUCUCUAAAGAAACAGCCUUUAAACUCAAACAAAUCUUCUAGAUCAUGUGACGAGGAGAGAAGAAAGCAGAUUAUUUCUAAGUCGCCGAAGAAAAAUGUCAUGUCAAAAAUUAAAGCGAUGAUCGAAGCUACAUCUUGUAAAAAUGGCGGCGUUAAAAGCAAGACAGAGGUUGUUGAAAGCAAAAGGGUAGUAGUGUCAGUUCCCAAGAGAAGCCGAUGGGAAGCAGUUACUUCAAAAAUCGCAGCUAGUUUAGCAGAAGAGAAAACAAAACCGAAAGCUAAGAGAGAAAUAAAAAGUAGAGUCGAUACCAAUUUGAUGUCUGCCCGUCAGCAAGUUACGGUGUGUAAAUCACCAAGACUUGAUUCCUCACGCAAUUCCAACUAUGGUGGAGAUGGUACAUUGACUCCAGUUUCAUCAAAAGAUAAAAGACCAUUGUCAGACAGAAACAAUGCGAUCAAUUUGGGUAAAGAAGUACGCGCUGCUAUGGCAAGAGAAGCUAAACAAGACAUCAAAAGUCAAAGGCACUUGCAACGUCUGCUAUCCCUCAUGGCGGGCUGUGCUCCUGUAUGCAGGAUGACUUACGCAAUACAAACACCACCAGGGCCUGGCCGAUCUACCACCUCCUCUCGUCCCACUUCACCAGUAGCUGCAAGUGAGAGUUCCACUACCUCAGUGUCCGUUAAUUCCCACAAUUCACGUUCAAAAAUAGCUCACUGGAAAGGGUCAACGAGUACUGUAGCUUCUUCAAUUCCACCUCCUGCUCCUCCAGUUGCUGUUAAAAGGCAAGCCACUUCCUCCUCAACUCCGAGAGUUACUCCUCAGUUGCCUAGAACGGCAAAUACCCGAACAGUGACCAAGAAGCCUGUUUCAGUUCCUAAAAUUCGUAUCACAUCGGCGACAUCUGUUCGGAUGAGAUCCCCAUCUCCAGCAACUUCCUCUAAACCAGAAAGGAGCGUCAAGCAAUCACGAACCAGCAAAGAACAAACUGGCGUUCGAAGUGUUGUUUCAAAGCCUGUUAGGCCACCUAUGUGGUUGAGUAAAGCUGAACUGACGCAAGAAAUCCAACGUUUGGGAACACUUUGUGAGACCAGAACCAAGGAACUGAACCGAUUGAAGAUGGAAACUAAGCAUGUUUCGAUAGGCUUCGAUGCGUUUGCAGCUCUUUUUAAAUACAUGGUGGAUGAUUUAUACCAAGAACGAGAAAUAAAAGAUGUGGAAGAAAAACACGCUCUUGCAACAAAGACUCUUCAGGAACACAUUGAGCAGCUUCAAAAGAAAUGUGCAGAACUCAAUCAACAUUCCAUGAGUAUGGAAGAUGCAAUGCGUAAAGAUACAGAUUCAAAACUCCAGUGGGUUACAUCCAGAAAAAUUGAUCUCGAAAAAGAAGUUGAGAGUUUAAAAACAGUUUUGGAAAUGAAAAACAAAGAAUUACAUUCACUUCGAAUUCAAACUUUAGAAAUGGAGAAACAGCUUGAAGAUUUACCUUUAGCAAGAGAAAAAAUUAAGAUGUUACAAGCCAGAGCUGAAGACCUGGAAGCUCUUAUGAUUGAAAAAACCAACUUGGAGAGGAAACUUUGCACAGAAAAUCAAUUGGUUAAAGAUUCUUAUGAAAAAGAAAAUAAAAUAAAUAAGCGACUCUCUAUGGAAAAUGAAGAAUUGCAAUGGCGUCUGAGACAAGCAGAAAAUUCUUUACUCUCUGGUUCUUUUGCUGAAGUUUCAGAAUAUCCUGAUGAUGAUGUUGAAAAUGAAGCGUCCUCUCCGGUAAAGACUUCCCCAGCCCCUCAGAUGUCUCGAUCUGUCUUCUUCACAUUUGUAGAUAAGGAUAAUUCAUCUCCAAGAUCUCAGUACAAGAAAAUCACUCCUGGUUUUGCAGCUAGCUACAGGGCCUCACCAGGCAGGACGCAGAAAUCUUCAUCCGCACCUAGUCCACGAAGGUCCAAGAGUCAUUCAGAACCCCCUCAGCCUCCAACCACUCUAUGCACACCUAGAAAAGUCAUAAAACAGGCAUCAAAGCGAUCUCGUUCAGGCAGCGAUUCUGGGCGACCGGCGACCCAACACACAGAAGUCACUUUCUCUUCUGUGACGGGCAGUAUGACUUCAUCUGUGAGCAGUGAGAGUUCUGUGUUUGGCAAUAAGGAGCAACUUUUGGAAGAACACGAAGAGCAGAUAAUGGAAACUUUGCAAAUUCUCCGAGAACAGCGGAGUGUGGAAAGUCCAACGCUAUCCAACUCAGAGAAUGAAGAAUCCAAAGAAUCAUCCAUGUCACCAGAUUUUGGAACAGAAGACUUAUCCCGUUCUUCGGAAUUCUCGGAUCCCAAAACCUACUAUCACAUGACAUUUCCUGUUCCCAAAGAAGCAGGGAUGAUAGUCUAUUGUGAUAGUGAAGAAACAGGAAAGAGGAGUACAAGUGAGGAAACAACCCCUUCGGUUGAAGAACCCACAAAAAUUGCACAUUCCACAGAAAAUAAUGAGAAUGCGGUCUCAAAAGAUUUGAACAGUGUUUCAGAAGGUAGUCCUGAAAACCCAGAAUUCAAUACUUUGUCUGAAGUAUCUGUUUCAGCUAACAACAUUCAAAGCACAGAGUCACAUAGCACUAAUGGAGCACAUGAUCAAUUGAGAACUAUUUAAACUACCAAUAUUUAUAUAAACGAGCGAAUUUAUGUAUAUAAAAUGAGUGUUUUGAUUGUUGAAAAUAAGAGCUUUGAUUGGGAACAGUGAAAAAAUAUAUCGAUUAAUGAUACCAUUGCCAAAACAAUUUUUAAGGUUACAUACUUAAAAAUUAUAAAUAUUCCUAAAUAUUUUAUUUGUAAAAAAAAAAAAUCCAAAACGUUUAAAUGCUAAAUAAUAAAAAUAUUCCGUAUAUGUAGUAUUUUAUAACUCUUAUAUCUACCAAAAUUUAUGAAUUAAAAAAAAAAUUGGUUUAUUGUGAUUGACUAUAUGUAACUAAAUUAAGCUGCAUAAUAUGAUAUAUAUUUAUAACGCAAGUAGUGAAACUAGCUUGCUCUACAAGAGAUUAUAAAUCAGUUCAAAACUGAACUCCAAUUAGAAAAAACAAAUUUUCUUAUCACAAACAAUUUCUCAAAAAUGUCCUUCUCCUAAAUCCGGUGACUUGCAAAAGGCAUUAUUAGAGUGCCAGGUAGGCAAAGUUCAUUUUCCAUUCAAUAAGUGUUUGUUGAUGUUUUCAUUGUUCCUGGAUCUAUACAGUGUUGGCCCAUUGUUACAAAACUCUGUGCUCUCUGAAUAUUUUCUAGUCACUAGCAAAUGUUAGUCAAGCUAUUUAGUCUAACAAUAAAUUCAAUUAAGCCAUUAUUAUAAAACAAAAUAAUUUUAAGACCAGUGUUUGCAGAACUGCUUCUACAGCAAUUGUUUCUUUAUGCUUCCACUGUUUGCUCGAGAUUAUUUAUUAGUUUUAAACGAUAUAUGCAAAGUCGCUUUGGGGGGCCUUUUAAAUAUUCUCUAGGAAAAAUGAUUACUUAUGAUCUCUAUUAAAUGUAUUGCAAUCAAAUAUGUGAUUUUGUUUUUCGAAUUUCACUUCUAAUAAAAACAAUGUACAAAAAAGCUUUUGAUUAAUGGUAGGGAUCUUCUAAAUCCUAGAGAGAGAGGCCUGGGCAAAUGCCCCUUAUGACAGCUCUGUUUAUUCACUAUUUCUAAUAAUAAUCACCUUUUUUUUAUUUUAUUGAGUAUUUUAAUCUAUUGACUAAAUUAAAUGCGGCACAUUGAUUAAUGUUUGAAUUUUAAUUCUGUAUUAGUUUUCGUUAAAGUGAUUCGAUGAUUAUUUUAUUUUAUGAAUUGUGAUAAAAUCACUUAUUUACUGUUUUAUUGCGAAGAAAAAUCUUUAAUUUGCUUGAAGUUUGACUAAAGCAGCUUUGUAUAAUUUAUGGAUGAGUGUUAUGUAUAAUUUCUUAUUGUAUAUAUGCUGUGAUGAAAAAAAAAAAAGAGUUCAGGCUUGUUAAAAUGCUUGAUUGUAAAAAACUAAGAUUGAAAAGUGUAAAUAAAUAAAUUUCUAUGGAUUAAAA